AUGGCCUCGAAAGAGGAGGCCAGUUCCGCCGCGCGAGAAUCAUCUCAGCAGCGAAAUGGCCAUGCAACUUUGGCCGACAACCCCUACAAUCCUAAUUCAGCUGCAUACCUGGCUUACCCUGUAAAGCACGUCGUUUCGAGUCUCUAUCGUCGCAUGACAGAACCACCCGAGAAUCCCGUACACAAACUUCUUGACGCACCAUCCAUUCCCACCUCGACCACAGGUGUCUACACGCCUCCUAGAAGGACAGCGUCGCCCUUCCAACCUCCUCCCCUCACGCCUCUUGAGUUGAUACACUCAUUGUCUUCGAAGGCUGCGGAAUCACUCCUCCUGACCCAUUCGCUGGCUGAAGAGAUUCGACUUCUGAUCCCGCCCAGACUCCAGCUGAUCGAUCAUUGGAAGUUGGCAUAUUCACUCGAGGCUCAUGGCUCGUCCUUAGCCACUCUCUACGAAUAUUGUGCCAAAGUGUCUACCUACACCCAGCGCUCAGGCUAUGUGCUGGUAGUUAGAGACGGCUCAAGCUCAUCGGCACAAGGGUCUGUGUUUGGUGCAUACCUUUCGGAUGCUCCCAAACCAUCCCUACACUACUUUGGCACCGGCGAAUGCUUCCUUUGGCGAGCAAGCAUAUUGCCCGCCUUGAGACAUCUUUCUGGGAGUCUUAAGCGCGGGUCCGAACCUGCUUCAGAAGACUUAUUGGAACUUGCUGGACUGCCUCCUCCGCCAAGCGCUGACACUACCCAUCUCCAACGGUUUACCACAAUUCGUGGGGACCGCCGCGCCUCAGGAUCGACUCCUGCAUUACAACAACCCGGGAGCGCCCAUCUGCAGCCUGCGCCUGACCGCUCCGGCGCUUCUACAACGGAUCGUAUACGGUUCAAAGCAUUUCCAUACAGUGGGCUCAAUGACUUUUUGCUCUAUUGUGAGUCGAGCUAUCUCUCCGUUGGCGGUGGCGAUGGACACUACGGGCUCUGGCUGGACGACGAACUUAACAGUGGUGUGAGUGAAUCGUGCCCUACGUUUGGAAAUGAGCCAUUGAGCGAGGAGGGCCGGAAGUUCGAAGUUCUAGGUGUUGAGGUGUGGUACGUUGGUGCAUGA